AUGGCGAUCGCACGACCGAUUCGCAUGCUGGGCGCCGCCGCCGUCCUACUAACUUUAUUCCUCGUGUUUCAACUGCGCUCUGGAUACUCGGGCUCCUCCUCGAAAUUGGUUCAUGGCAUGACCCGUGAUCCCCUUUUAGAUCCAACCGGAGAACCCGAAGGCGAAUUAUGGAGAGCGGAAGAACACGAUUACUCCCCCGAUAGCGAAAAUUCCGCUCGCACCAAUGCAGCUCUCAUCUCGUUGGUGCGCAACGAGGAGUUGGGCCAACUAGUCCAGACCAUGCGUGACCUCGAGCGCACCUGGAACAACAAGUUCAACUACCCCUACAUCUUCUUCAACGACGUUCCCUUCACGGAAGAAUUCAAGCGCCAGACCCAGGCCCUUACCAAGGCCAAGUGUCACUAUGGUACAGUGACCUUUUCCAACUUGCAGCUUGUCCGUCCUCGCGCUAAUAUCUUUUUUUCUUUGUCUUCAGAACUUGUCCCCAAGGAGCACUGGGAGGUUCCCAGCUGGAUUAGCAUGGAUCUUUUCCAGGAGUCCGCGCAACUGCUAGAAGAACAGAAUAUCCAAUACGCCUCCAAGAUCUCCUACCACCAGAUGUGCCGCUGGAACAGCGGCAUGUUCUACAAGCACCCCGCCCUCGAGAAGUACCGCUACUACUGGCGUAUCGAGCCCAACGUCAAGUUCUUUUGUAACGUCGAUUAUGAUGUCUUCCGCUACAUGGAGGACCGGAACAAGACCUACGGAUUCACGAUCAACCUUUACGAUGCGCCGCAGACCAUCCCGUCCCUCUGGCCCGAGACCAAGAAAUUCCUGGCUGCGAACCCGACGUUCAUCAGCGAGAAUAACAUGCUGGAGUGGAUUACGGAUGACCAGGCCCGCCCUGACCAUACCGAGGCUGCCAACGGUUACUCGACCUGUCACUUCUGGUCCAACUUUGAGAUUGGUGACAUGGACUUCUUCCGAGGGGACAAGUAUGAGGCUUACUUUCAGCACCUGGACCGCGCAGGCGGUUUCUUUUACGAGCGCUGGGGCGAUGCGCCAGUCCACUCCCUCGGUAUUGGUCUUUUCGCGGAUGCCAACAACGUGCAUUGGUUCCGCGACAUCGGUUACAACCACAUCCCCUACCUGAACUGCCCCAACUCGCCCAAGUGCUCCGGCUGCACCCCCGGAAAGUUCUUCGACGGUGCCGACUUCUUGGCCAAGGAGGACUGCCGCCCGACCUAUUUCAAGUACGUCGGAACGCAUUAA